GAAUUCUUGUGAACUAAUGAUUCACGUCGAUUUCGUUUAGUAGCAAAAUUCCAUUGAAUCGAUGAAGAAAAAAUCUCGCUAAGCACCGAGUUAUUGACUUAAUAUUUAGAUAAACUUAAUGUUUUUCUGAAUGGGCCUCGACGAUACGAAUAUUAAUAUAAUUACACAAUUAACUUAAGAUAGCCUCAGAUAACAAUUUAAAUAAUAAUAUAUAAUAUUGUGGCUUCAGUCUUGUUGAACUAUCGGUUUGAAAGGUUGUGUGGGUUUAUAUAUUUGUUAAUAAUAAUGAAAUAUCUCUAAUUAGGAAGUUAUUUCUUUUGAAACUAUUUGGACUUAUUGAUAAAAUUAUGACGAAAUUGUUUGGUAUAGUGAUCUAUUUCUGUAUUUAUGUCAGUGUAACAAAAUCUGAUACACCAAAUUAUCGACUAUCGUCCGAUGAAGCAAUUCCACAAAAAUAUUACCUCUCAAUCAGGCCUGAUAUCGAUAAUGAAAUAUUUUAUGGAGAAACGACAAUUUGCGUCAAAACUACAAAGCAAUUAGAAGGUAUAACUUUACAUAGUCGAGCGUUGACUAUAUCCGCAGUAUUUAUAAAUCAAAUAAAAGCAAUCUACGAAGAAAUAAGUGAUGAAAGAAUCAUAGUGAAAUUUGAUAAUUCAUCUAUACAACCAGGCGAACAUUCUAUUAAAUUCAAUUAUAAAGGAAAAAUUGGAUUUUCACCGAAAUAUGGAUUUAUAAAGGCUGUUUAUGAGGAUAAAGAAAUUAAAGCGAAUGUGUAUGUAACAGAUUUGGAACCUAUAAGAGCUCGAACGGUUUUUCCAUGUUUCGACGAACCCGCAUUUAAAGCUAACUUUCACGUACGACUCAUUUCACCGAAUGACACUUACAGAGGUAUCUCAAAUAUGCCUGAAAUCAAUAAAUUUACAACAAAUAACACUGUAGUUUACGAUUUUGCUACAUCUUUAAAAAUGUCCACGUAUCUCCUAUCGUUUGCUUUUACCAAUUUUCCAUACUACGAAGAAAUUUUAGAUUAUAAAGGACGAAAGGUACCGAUUAGGGUAUACACCGUUAAUGCCAGUAAAGAAAACAAUGCUUUCGCCCUUAAUGCUACUAAAACAGCAUUGAAUUUUCAUUCGGAGUAUACUAAUAUCAGUUAUCCUUUACCGAAAUUAGAUAUGAUCGAGUAUAAAAGAAACGAAAGUGCCGCUACUGAAAAUUGGGGUCUGAUAACAUUUCGAGAAGGUCUUUUAACAACUUUACGUAUUUAUAUGAAAUCCCAAAUGAAAUUAGUAGUUUUCCACGAGUUAAGCCACUUUUGGUUCGGAAAUUUGGUUACGACUGCUUGGUGGGAUGAUAUAUGGUUACAUGAAGGAUUUGCAACAUAUUUUAGCUAUAAAUUAUCAGCUUACGACACCAACAAACAACAGUUGGCUGAAAUGAAGGCUUUCGCUUUCGAUGACUUCUUCGAAACAGAAAUUAACGAAAAAUCUAAACCUAUAAUAAGGUCUCUGCCAAAACAAACCGAUAUUCCAGACAUGUUCAAUUCGUUAGUAUACGAUAAGGCUUCCGCUAUUCUUUUAAUGUUAGAAGAUCAAAUUGGAGAAGAAAAAUUCAGAGAAACUGUUAGACGUUAUAUGAAAAAAUAUGCUUAUUCUAUAGCAACUACAAACGAUUUUCUAUCGAUAUUAGAAGAAGUAGUUCCUGGAACACCUCUUAAAUCAUUUUUGAAAAGUUAUUUGUACCAGAGCAAAUUUCCAGUCGUAGAAGUAGACGUCGUCAACAAUUCUACCUACGUUUUGAAGCAGCAACCUUGCGAUACAUUUUUUAAUGAAACCAAAGGAUUUUCAAAAUGGACGAUACCUCUGACAUACCAAACAGAUUACUCACAGGAAAUAAAAAAAUUAUGGUUUCACGAUAAUGUAAAUGAACUGACUAUAGAAGAACCGAAUGCGAAAUGGUUGAUACUGAAUCCUCUUGGUAAUGGAUUAUAUAAAGCUAUAUGGUCACAAAACUUAUGGGAAAAAAUAAUAGAUAAUUUUGAGGCAAUGAAUAGCACAAUAACGGAAACAGUGGUCUCAGACGCAUUCUACUCGUUCCGAACAAAUAAAAUUAGUUGCGACAUUCUAAUACGAAUGAUGGAACGGGUAAGGGCGAAUGCAAAAGGAAAAUGGCUUAUAUUUUUCUCCUUCAAUGACCAUCUUAGAGAAAAUCUUUUUUGUCACAAAUAUAUUGACGAAGUAAAACUGUUUUGGAGUUUUCUUAGGAGAAGGUUCGUAGAAACAAACUAUCCGAGGAAACCCGAGCUUAGAGAACCGGAAACGUGCGAUAGUGAAACAAUACUUCACACUGAUAAAUACGUGGAAAACAUAAAGCAGUGUGCCGCUUGGAUCCGAGAAAAUUUACAAGAAAAAGAUACGAAAACUACCAAACGGAAGGUGUAAAUAUAUAUUUUAUAUUUCUGUAUCUUAUUCAACUUAGAAUAAAUUUAUUUUUAUAAUAU